AUGGAUGUGUCGACUCAAACAACCGAAGCCCAUGCCAAAGUACAUUUUGGCAUGCAAACAGGUGAAGUUGGCGUCUGGGAACAAUCGGAGCGAUCGGAAGUUAUAAAAGAGGUAGAACAAUUUGAGAUCAAACGAGAUUUGAUGAACAAAGUUAAAUGCGCGAAACAAUCAACGGGAACUCAAACCCCGGGGUCCAAAAAUAAGGGGACGCAGGUUUUUAUGUGGCGUCUCAUUCCCAUUGACGUCGAUGAAACCCGAAAACCUGAUCGCCAACGGCUCGAACAAUUUGUUCAAUCAUUUCAAAAGAUUGAACAAAUCUCUCAGGAAUUCGUCGUUCCCGAGAUUCUGUCGCCCAUCCGAGACCCACAAAGUGGUGUCGAGUUCAAAUUCCCGAUGUCUGCGGAGGAGUGGAUACGAAAAAAGAGGGAGGACGAAAAACAAGAACGAAAAAGGUAUAGGAGAGAAGUAGAGAGAAACGGAAAGCAAUGGACGAACUGGAAAAUAGGAGAAUUUAACUGGGAGGACGAAGGGAAGGAAAACGAAAAGUUAAACGACAAUGCGGACGAACAACAAAAAAGAAGAAGGGAAGAAAGCAAUGAGGAGAAUGUCGAGAGGAAGGAGAAAACCAUCAAGAAAAUGAAGAAGGAAACGAACACAGGGACCAACAGAAAAAACGAAAACAUCGAGACAGAAAGAGAAGCAAAUGUACAAAUACAGCAGCAAGAGAACAUCAAGGAAGAGAAGAAGACGGAGAAUGUAAAGAUAAAGAAUCAGAAUUUAGACAAGAAGGAAAGCAAAGGGGGAAAUAAGGGUCGGAAGAUCAAAGAGGAGGAUUUAGAGACCUUGGACGGAAGAAAAUGGUUGAACGACGAAGUUAUUAAUGGAUACUUGGAGCUCAUCGUGGAAAAAUACGAGAAAACUUUCGCGUUCAGCACUUUUUUCUUCUCACGAUUGUUGUCAGGGGGAUUUUCUGUAGUCCGACGUUGGACAAGAAAAUUUAAUAUUUUCGAUUUCGACCUCGUUCUCAUACCUCUGCAUUUGGGAGCACAUUGGUGUCUCGCCACAAUUGAUUUGAGAAACUGUAGAGUCAACUAUUUUGAUAGUUUAAUGGGAAACAAUAAAGAGUAUCCGACCCUAAUUUUCGAAUAUUUAAUGAUGGAAGCGGCAAGCAAACAACAAACCUCUUUUGACUCGAGUAAAUGGUCGAUUGUUAUUAAAAAAGAUAUUCCUAGACAAACAAACAAUUUUGACUGUGGGGUUUUUGUUUGCUCUUUUGCCGAGUAUGAGGCCGCAGGGCGGGAAAUCGACUUUUGUCAAAAUGACAUGGCGGCAAAACGUCAAAUAAUAAAAAAUCGUUUGAUAGCCGGUAAAAUAGAAUAA